AUGACUUGUCCUCACGAGGCUGAUGGCAGACCAGCUGUGGAUGAACAAAAACCAAAUUUAUCGGACUUGGCGGAGGGGAAGAAGUUCAUCGUCAUGGAUGACGGGUCAAGAGUCACGCCCACAUUCUACAGACGAGCUCUGUCUUUCCAAGGAGAGAAGGACUGGUUUGCGGCAGCAAAGACUCUUGAGGCUCAUGAAGGACAAGAUACCGAUCUAGAUAGCCACAAAUUGCGAUUAUCUUGCAAAAACAACAUGCUGAUCGAGGAACUUGAGAGGCAGAUUAAGGAAUGGUCUGCUCGGUUCAAACUCAAUAUCAACGCGGAUGUUCAGGAUCUACGAGAAGCUUCUGAGCAUGAUUUACCUUGGGUCGAAUUAGUACCGGCUCGAUUUUCCUGUCACACCCCAACGAGGGAAACGGAAGUGGCCGAACUUGCUGCCAAUCUCCAUAUUCAUGGUAUCUCCCGCCAAGCUGAGCUGAUACAAAAGUUUUGCUUCCCAAUCAAAAUGCAACUCGUAUACUGCAAGGCUCUUCUAUUCAAAAUCAAACACUAUGAAGAAGAUUAUGUUGAUUUUUGCAAGCAAGAAAAACAAAAAGACGCAGAAUCGAUGGAGAAACCACAAGCCGAAAUAAGCAAGAAAAUUCGCAUUCGAUUUGUAAAAUUUGGAGAUGCUCUUCUUGCGACAGUAGCUGCUACAGACGCCCUACGAACUGGUCUCCGUCGCGAACUCAACACUUAUUCCGUCCCAGUUGAUAUGACUAUUUUAAAAGCCCGCUCGAAACUGUUAGUUGGUACCACAGGUGACGAAAGGCCCGCGAAAAAAGGCGUCGAGGUCAUGAUGCGAUAUCUGAGCGCAUUUUAUCGAUCUAAACUCAAAGUAUGGUCGCCAUUAAUCGCACAGUGGAUCAUUCAAUUAUACAAGCUCGAGAAACAGUUACUAGCACCUGAAAUUAUGGAAAUAUAUGAGUCAGUUAUCGAGCGCAUAUUAUCUUCCAUCACAGCAGCCCCAGCUUCCGACUUGUUCAAGGGUCCUCGAGAGAUUGUCGAAUCCUGA